CUGGGUUUUGUCUUUGGGUGUUUCAGCUGCGUAAGGGAGACGCUGUGAUAAUAAAAUGGCUGUAGGAACUGGGCUCGGUGAAACUACCUGUCUAGGAGGUGGUUCCUGAGAGACAGUAGCUGGAGUUAAAACGCUGUGUAUCUAGGCGAUAUAAAUAAAGAAGUCUGUGUUGCGAAUACAGUUUUAGACAAAAUGGCGCCUGUUAAUGAUUAAUGUGUCGCUUGGACUCGAACCAGUCCUAAGUAGUUUGUUUAGCUGAGGCGGUGUGUGUGUAAAGAAACCACGGGCCAAUAGAAUAGCGAGCUCGCUGCGAAUGCGCUGUGUGUUCGUUGGCGGACAAAAUUUUCAGCUAGGCGCUUCCAGAGAGCCGGGCCGAGUGUGACCGCAGUACUAGGCGGGUUGACGUGCUGUGAGUGUGAGCGGAUUCCGAGCAACCAGCUCAGCAGGCCCCAUGGCUGGGUGGACUCGGCGUGUCGUGUGGGGGGAAAUGUCUGAAAAGAGCCAUUAAGCCCCCGGACAAAAGCCGUUACAUCUUUCAGAAACUUGAGCCCUCUCUCUGCGGGAGAAGUAAAGCUCACGGUAUUGGGCUGGGGCCACAGCGGGACCCCCGGAGCGCCUCUCCACUCCAGCCAGCGGCCCCGUCGGAGGCCCGUCCGGUCGGCAGUGUUGCCGCGCUGGAGCCGUGACUGAUCAGCGCCCGCGGGCUCGCGCUGCCGCCCUCAUAUAGAAAUCAGUAGAGGAGCCAAAGAUGUCCGAGAACCAGGCGAACCCGAACAACAACCCGAACGCGAACAAUCCGGCGGCAGGAGGUGGUGGUGGUGGUGGUGGUGGUGGUGGUGGAGGAGGAGGAGGAGGAGGUGGUGGUGCUGCGAACCGCGUGCGCAACCCUAACAUGAACGCGAAUAUGAACGCGAACCCGCUGAUCAACGUGCGCGACCGUCUCUUCCACGCGCUCUUCUUCAAGAUGGCCGUGACCUACGCCCGCCUCUUCCCCCCCUCCUUCAGGAGGGUCUUUGAGUUCUUCGUGCUCCUCAAGGCACUGUUUGUGCUUUUCAUCCUGGCGUACAUCCACAUUGCCUUCUCCCGGUCUCCCAUCAACUGCCUGGAGCAUGUCCGGGAGAAGUGGCCCCGCGAUGGCAUCCUGAGGGUGGAGAUCCAGCGCAACUCCAGCCGCGCGCCCAUCUUCCUGCAGUUCUAUGAGACGGAGGGCCUCCAGGGCUUGGUGAAAGAGCCGGAAGAUGAGGAGGGGGGGCUAGGUGCUCUACACCAGGAGGAAGAGGAGGAGGAAAUGACCAUGGAAAUGUUUGACAACAGCUCUGUACAGUUUGAGCUGGACUUUGAGCCACGCCUGAAGCCCUCACUGAGGAGCAGCAACAGGCCAGGGGUGGGUCUCAAUGACUCACAGGACCUCUCCUUCAGCCAGGCAUCCACUAAAGGUAUGCAGCCCCUGAGGGAGACCGUCUCCGAGAUUGAGAUGCUAACCCGAGCAGUUUGGCCACAGGAGGAAUAUAUUGUGGAGUACUCGCUGGAGUAUGGUUUCCUGCGUCUCUCUCAGAACACACGCCAGCGCCUCAACAUCCCUGUCAUGGUGGUCACUCUGGACCCUAUGAAGGAUCAGUGCUUUGGAGAUGGCUUCAGCCGAUUUCUGUUGGAUGAGUUCCUUGGUUACGAUGACAUCUUGAUGUCCAGUGUAAAAGCCUUGGCAGAGAAUGAGGAAAAUAAAGGGUUCCUGAGGAACGUGGUCUCUGGAGAACACUACCGUUUUGUCAGCAUGUGGAUGGCACGUACUUCUUACCUGGCUGCCUUUGUCAUCAUGGUAAUUUUUACCCUGUCUGUCUCCAUGCUUCUUCGCUACUCCCACCAUCAGAUCUUCGUUUUUAUCGUGGACCUGUUACAGAUGCUUGAGAUGAAUAUGACCAUUGCCUUCCCUGCAGCUCCUCUGCUUACAGUCAUACUUGCCCUUGUUGGGAUGGAAGCUAUAAUGUCAGAGUUCUUUAAUGACACCACAACAGCAUUUUACAUCAUCCUCAUUGUGUGGCUGGCUGAUCAGUACGAUGCCAUCUGCUGUCAUACCAACACAAGCAAACGACACUGGCUGAGGUUCUUCUACCUGUAUCACUUUGCCUUUUAUGCCUAUCACUACCGGUUCAAUGGACAGUACAGCAGUCUGGCUCUGGUUACAUCCUGGCUCUUCAUCCAGCACUCAAUGAUCUACUUCUUCCAUCACUACGAGUUGCCGGCCAUCCUGCAGCAGAUCCGCAUUCAGGAGAUGUUGCUACAGAACCAGCAGGCAGGCCAGGGCAACCAGACCACCCUGCAGGACAACCUGAACAACAACACCAGCAGUGUUGCACCAACCAUGAGAGCAGCCACAAAUGGGCAAGUUCGUCAGUCCACCGAUGCGUCGACUCAGGAUGACUCUCAGGCCCACACCCACACGAAUGGGCCGUCCAACCUGGGUGCUGGUGAGGUAGCUGGUGGCUUGGACUGGGUGGCAGGUACUGCAGCCAUCAUAACGGAGGCGCUAGCUAACCCACAGCUCGGGGUGUCACUCUCUGAAUCGCCGAUGGCACAGGGAGUAGACGUCCCAGGGUCAAGCCCUAGCCUUGUGGAUGAGCCCCAGGUGACCGGAGCUGCGGCUAAGGAGGACGGGGAAGGUCUCAGCCAAGCUGGCCCAGUGACCAUGCAGGUCAGGCCACGGGGCAGCACCUCAGGGGUGGACUCGACCGGCAGUGCCUCACAGGAAGCGGAGGCCAAGUCCUCCUCAGCCCCCACCCUGCCUCACGUAGACUGUAGGGCUGGGCAAGACGGCAACAAGCGGAGCGACUCGGACUGUGAUGUUAAAAGAGAAGAGGACUCCCAGGCCAGCCAACCUGGCUCCGACCCCCAUCCUACGCCAUCCUGAGCUCUUAACACAUGCAUAAUCGUGCCGAUUUCUUACGUCCUCCCUCUCUUGCGUUCGUCUACACAGAGUAGAUGGUAUUCAAGGGUCUCUUAGAUGUGACUUUUAUUCAUUUUUAUCGGAAAACAGGUGUGUGCUGAGGCUCAGUAAAAAGAAAGCCUGUUCCCAUUUUCACACUGCAGGAUGUAGGGAUUGUAAGAGCCUGCUCUUCCUAAAGUGGGCUUCUGUCACAGUUUUUUUCCGAAUUGUUCCAAAUGGGCCACAUGUAAAGACACAGGUUUGGAGAGGCUUCGGUAAUUGACUGGUGAUUUUACAUGUAAUCUGUGAUUUGGGGGUAAAUUCAGGUUGUUUCAGCGCAGAUGGUGUUUUAUAUCACCUUGGCAGAUUAUCAGGGUGAUACCAAUAUUUUUAAUUGUACAUAAUAAAGUUUCUGAAAUGUUUUGAAGUGAUGCUAAUAGUGUCUGUAUGAAAUUGAAACCGAAGGUGAUGGGAGGAUUUUCCAGCAGAGCAUCUUUUAUGUCUCUUUUCCCUCCUUUCUACUAUGGCUACAGUUUAGUAGGGACUUCAUGUCCUUUUCAAUUCUGUCUUGUCAGUCUCAUGUCUUGUCGUCUCCAGUCAGUUUGUUCUUUGCAUUU